AUGGCGAUGCAGGGUCCACCCACCUGCAUCGACCCCGCUACCCUCACAACAACCACGGAUCAAGUUUGUGGUUUGCAUCAACGACACGCACGCGGUUACGCCUCUGGACGACACUUCUCCUCUCGGGACCCGGAUAUUUUCUUUUCUCCCUCUUCUUCUCCUCCUUCCUUCUCUGUAUUUGUGAUACCCCCUACCGGCGCCAUGGGUUCCGACGACCUGAUCGACUUUGAAGUAAUCGAGAACCAAAAGGAGAACAUCCAGUCGCUGCCCAGUGGACGCUCGGCCAAGGCGCUGGCGCAGCUCUUCACACCACCCCUAACCUCGGGCGCGGGCCAGACGCCGUCGCCGUCGCAGAUACAGGAUGCGCACAGCGCCGUGCGGCUGCAGUAUGAGAAGGAGCUCAUGGCCAUUGACGAGUCGGACGACCCCCUUGAUGUUUACGACCGCUACGUCAAGUGGACGCUAGACGCGUACCCCUCGGCCCAAAACACACCACAGUCGCAGCUCUGCACACUGCUUGAGCGCGCCACCAAAGCCUUCCAAUCGUCGCCACAGUACAAGAACGAUGCGCGCUACCUCAAGCUCUGGCUGCAUUACAUCAGAUUCUUCGCCGAUGCGCCACGAGAGAUCUUCGCGUAUCUCGCGCGCCACAACAUUGGAGACAGUCUCGCGCUCUACUACGAAGAAUUUGCAGCCUGGCUGGAGUCAGCGGGCCGCUUCACACAAGCCGAGGAGAUUUACAAUCUGGGCAUCGAGCGCAACGCCCGUCCAGUAGAGCGCCUGGUUCGCAAGUAUGGAGAAUUUCAGCACAGGCUCGAGAGCCGUCCAAAAGAGGUCCCUGAGCCUACAAGCCCCGCCUUACCCGCCGUUCGUCCAGCUCUGGCAGCAAAGGUCGACCCUUUCGCGCUUUCGUCGCCAGCGCCUGCAGCACAAGCACAGAGCCAACCGAAGCCAGGAGCUGGCUCAUCCCGAUCAGGCAAGCAAAAACUUGCUAUCUUCUCGGACGGUGACGAACCUGCGCGAGCUCCAUCGAGCGGUAGCCAGGAAGGUUGGGACAACAUAGGGUCGCUAGCAGAUCGUAGGAAGGAAAAUACAACAGAGGCGCGACCCUGGGCUGGAGAGACGUUGAAAGUGGGAAAGAAGAACACGGGCGUGGGCAAGAUGAUGAUAUUCAAGGAUGAGACCAAAUCAAACGAUCACAAUGAGAACGUUCCAUCCCAUCCGCUACGUGAAUACCAACAAGCUGUCAAUCCUAGGACUGGACGGCUCGAAGUCGUUUUCGUCGAUCUGGCGAGUGUAUACCCUAACCUUGAGAAUCCCAUGUCUGAAGAAUACUCAUUUGAGGAACUGCGAGCUAGGCACCGAGGAUGGCUGCAUCGUGACUGGGCCAGUAUCCGGCGAAAGGAACGGGCUGAAGGAGAGAAGGCAGCUGGUGUUGCAUUGCAAUCAAAACCUAGAACAUCGCCACUGGCAAUUCUGCGCGACACGGAUGAAGCACCACAGCCCAAAACGUCGCCACUUGCAAUACUACGUGAUACAGAAGAGACUCCAAAGCCACAAACUGUACCCCUCAAAGGCAGUGUUGAUGAUGACGCCCCCAACGACGAAAAUGUCCCCCCAUCUCAAGCAGAAAUAGACAAAGCGAAAGCUGCACGAAGAGCUAGGCGGGAAGAAAAGGCAAACAGGACUAGAAAAAUCAAGGUUAUGGAGACCAAGGAAGUCCGUGGAGAAACCCAAACAAUCCAAACAAACCUGGAUUCCCCUGUCAAACCAAAGAUUCGCCGAAAGAAAGGUGGUCCAGAGGCAACGAUGACGCUGCAUACCAAGGAGGCAAUGGACGAGAUUUAUGGCAUCUUCAACCAACCACUCAAAGCUGCUGACGAGAACGUCUCGGGGGUUCAGAGUGCUGAGGAGAGCAGUGAUGAUGACGAUGAUGACGGCGAUGACUAUACCAGUGCAGGUGAGAGCACUGGUACAGGUCGCAUGUCCGGCGCCAACAGCGACUACGGAGACGAGACUACUGCAGGAGACUUCACGCUCGGUACAAGAGUUCUCGAUACAGAUAUCGAUGGUGAAGGAACUGAUGCCGAUGGCACUGAUGCUGAUGACACCGACGCUAAAAGUGUCGUCUCGGCUUGGUCUGACUUCACAGAGAGCAAACAUGUACCCAAAGAGCAUCGGCAAGAUGACUCAGAUGAUGAGUCGGAACAAUCAAACGGAGAUUCCUUUGAUCAAACUACGCAACCGCAUGUCGAUGCAGAAACACAGCAUGACCCAGAUGUGGUUACCCCGACUUCGCCUUCGGCUCCCGGCUCGUUACCAACUCGCUUCGUUCCAGUGCCACCAGAAGAUUACGAGCAUUCUAUGCGUCCAUAUCGAGACCCCGUACAGGCUGCUAAUAACCGCCUCCCAUUCAUGACCCCGAUUGUAGAGAAGACAGAAUCAUCACUAGGCUUCGCGACUGCAUGCGCACAAAAAGACUACUUUGCAGCAAAGACACCAUCGCGCUCAAGAGGAGCCCCUGCGAUCCUUGAGGAUGAUGGUGAGCCUGGCAGCAGUCCCUUCUCAGAUCUUUUAGCUCAGGCCGUUGAUGGUCCAGGCAAAGUUGCGAAGCUUGCUUUGACGGACGUGAGAUCGACAGCACCGAAGGAAGACGUGCAAGAGCCAAAACGAAAGCCUCUGGGCACAAAGGACAUUCCUGCUAAGCCUGUCAAACCAAGUGGUCCGAUUAUACAGGAUGCUCAAUGCAAUCCCGUCGAUGAGUCAAUUCGUAAGACUAUCUUACAAGAGAUUCAACCGCCGCUAGAUAGCUACGAUGGCUACUUCGCAGACACUGGACAAAGCUACGGAAAGGGUGCUGAGAUUCGGAGAUACACAAAAGCUGUAUCUAAGAUGAACAAGAACGCCAACGACAAAACAAUGACCAAUCUAACCGUCUGCCCAACUCUGAAGUUCCCAGGCACUGACCGGACCUACACCGUCAAGCGCGAACUCGGCAAAGGCGCCUUCGCCCCCGUUUACCUCGUCGAGAGCAAGGCCCUGGACUCAGACGAGGAAGACGACGCCCCUGUGCAGAUGGGUAAGGGAGAGUUUGGUAUGAAGCGAAAAGCUCUCGAGGCUGUUAAAAUGGAGGAUCCUCCCACACCGUGGGAAUUCUACAUCAUGCGAUGUGCCACACAUCGCCUAGGCGUGUCCCGCGCUGCCGCCUCGAUUGUGCAAGCCUAUGAGAUGCACGUGUUUCGCGACGAAUGUUAUCUCGUAGAAGAAUAUCGAGAUCAAGGUACCCUCCUUGAUCUCGUAAACCUGGCGCGUGCGGAGAAUGGCGUCAUGGACGAACAACUAGCCAUGUUCUUCACCAUUGAGCUGUUCCGCACCGUGGAAGCACUGCAUGCCAAAGGCGUCAUACAUGGCGAUCUCAAAGCCGACAACAUACUCGUGCGCUUCGACACGCUGUCCAAAGACGAGACAUGGUCGGCCGAGUACGCGCGCGAUGGGCGCAACGGCUGGGCCGCCAAGGGCAUCAGCCUGAUUGACUUUGGGCGCGGCAUCGACAUGAAGGCCUUUAUCCCCACCGUACAAUUCAUCGCCGACUGGCCCACCACCGAAGCCGACUGCGCCGAGAUGCGCGAACUGCGGCCCUGGACCUACCAGAUUGACUACCACGGUCUCGUCGGGAUCGUGCACAACCUGCUCUUUGGCAAGUACAUCUCCACCGUGGCCGACAAGGGGGGCCCCACGCUCGGCGCGGGCGCUACCAAGACGUACAGGAUCAAGGAGAGCCUCAAGCGCUAUUGGCAGACGGAGAUUUGGGCAGACUGUCUCGAUCUCUUGUUGAAUCCGCUGACGCAUUUGGAGGCCGAGGAGGGCGGGAGGAUGCCUGUGCUUAGGGGGAUGAGGAGGGUGAGGGAGAGGAUGGAGGAUUGGUUGGAGGCGAAUUGCGAGAAGGGGGUGGGGUUGAGGGCAUUGGUGAGGAGGAUGGAGGAGGCGGUUAAGAGAAGAUGA